CCGACUACCACCACCACCACCACCACCAACCUCACUGCCGUCCCACGCCUCUACUGCGCACCACCCACCCGCCCUCCGCCCUCCGCCCUCCUCCCCCGACUGUCGCUACCGCAGGCCCACGCGCCGUUCAAUCAACACACCAUGGCUGGCGCACUGGCUUCGCAAUGGCGCUCCUUCUGGCACACCAUGACCUCCAACGACCGCCAUGCCGGGCCCGAUUCUCCCUACGGUCGCGGUAAUGGCCAUGUCGCCAUCUCUCAGUCGAAAAGCGCGCUCAACUCCUCACACAACAACAACAGCGCCUUGGAGUCCCGAACCGACCUCGACCUAGAAGCCGGUAAUGGCUUUGUCAACAGCACUCCGAGUGCCCCGGGCUCGCCCAGUCAGCGCAGCAGCCUGUCGAGAACAAAUACCGGCAUGAGCGGCAAAAUGGCAGACGUCAGCACCGGCGAGAUCCAGAUGCAGGCCUUCAGUGAUGGUCUGCCUCCGCCGCCGCCAGUCAGUCAUUCCUGGAAGCGCAUUGAUCGCUGGCUCGAGGACAACUACGAGGAAUUGUUUGAGAACUUGGGCAUGGGAGCCACGGUAAACGACGUUAAUAUGUUGGAGCAUGAGCUGGAUUGCACCUUGCCGCAAGAAGUGAGAGAAUCGCUGCAGAUUCACGAUGGACAAGAGCGUGGAGGUCUGCCGACCGGCGUCAUUUUUGGCUGCAUGAUGCUGGACGUCGAGGAGAUCAUUCAAGAGUGGCAGCAGUGGCGCACCGUGAACGAGGCGUAUCUCAGCGAACAGCGCUCAUAUGAGAUUCCUCAGGCACCACUGAAGGCCUUUGCUGGCUCGUCGUCUUCUGCUGUUCCCAUCGCACAAGCGCAGCCGACGAGUAAUCCCCAGUGGCGCGCAGAACUCCUCGACAAGCAGGACUCCCAGCCUCCAAACGCCAUCCAGAAGGUGUACGCGCAUCCCGCAUGGAUACCGCUAGCCAGAGACUGGGGCGGCAACAACAUUGCGAUCGAUCUGGCACCAGGACCUACGGGAAGGUGGGGUCAAGUGAUACUGAUGGGACGCGACUAUGACUGCAAAUAUGUCAUCUCGCGCUCGUGGUCGGCAUUCCUUGCCACCCUGGCCGACGACAUGCACACCGACAAGUGGUUCAUUGAUGAAGACACGAAAGAGUUGAAAUUGAGAGAGUUUCCUAAGCAAGGCGUGGAGCCAGCAUACAUCGACAUCCUUCGAUGGAGAUCAGAUCAGAAAUAUGGCCGACGUGCACCCAAGAAGAGGCCUCUGCGCAUCAAUAGCAAUGUCUCGCCAGGCGCCAACGGUUUCUCGCCAUACGGAUCACCCACGAAAGAAGAUCGAGGACGGUCGCCACAACGCUUUGCAAACGGUAAAGCACCCAUGCACAACUCCAGUCCGCGAGGUCAUGGAGGCGUCGGCAGCCCCCUGGCCCGCGUGACGGAAGAGAGCUCGCCGAUCACUGCUGUACCUCCACAACCCUUGUCGCUCGAUACCGCCGCCAUAGAGACGCGAAGCAACGAGAAGCUGAUUUCUGCCAUUGACACACCCACAUUUGCAAAGUCUGACAAAGGGAAAGAAAAGCUAGUGUCCGGCAUCGACACUCCUGUCGUCGCGAAUGGUGACUUUGAUGAAAGGAGAACCAGCCAGCCGUACCCACGUAGUAGGCUCGGCAGCAGUAUGAUGAGCAAUAGUGACGACGAGGAAAAAGAGAAUGUGACACCUUCGAAAAGCUUGGGCAAACCCAGUGUGGAGUCUGUGGAAGACGACAUGAAGGAUGUCAAAAUCUGAGCCGAGCCGAGCGAUUGCGAGGAAUGAUUGAAGUGUCUGCAUUGAUUAAAGUGUUCCGAGCGUUGCUUUUGUCCAAUCAGUACAGCAUCGCAUAGUAAGGCGCUGGAGGAGUCACAAACUGGAAAGGGAAGGGAAGGGAACGGUGGCAUUCUCAUCACAUCUUAUGAACGGAGAAUGCGAAGAGGAGUAGAAAGAAGAACAUGAAGCAACACCACAGAGUUUACGGCAGUAGAAGCAGCUUUGCUAUGGGAGCCAAGAGCUUCCCUCUGGGUUUCGGCCUCUGUACGUGUACACCUUGCUUAUUAAGGGACAGAAACUUUUCAGAUUCUUCUUUGGAUUACAACACACUUGCUUUUGCGUAGGUACAUGUUGUACCUGCGUUCUUAUUGGCCUUAGACCAACGUGGAAGACGAGCGUUUGUUACCUUAACUU